ACGACGUGGUUCCUCGUUCUACUAACACACUUCACGUCCUGCUCCAUAAUGCUAUUGAAUUGUGCGAGUCGAGACUGUCGUUGGAUGAGCCCCGGUGCGCUAUGCUUCAAUAUGGCGCGAGAGUAUCGCCCGGGAAGGUGGGGCAACUGAUUUCCAAUCGAUCUGACCUCACUGCUCCGACCCCUCCAAUGUCUCCAUCUCGAAACACAACAGACAACUUUCUCUGAGUGCAGUCACUCCUCACACACUGUCUCUUACGAUCACCACUCCUCCGCAUCGCCCACCAUGACCACCUCAUCAACCUCAGCUCCUGGGGCGAACCCCUCCUCCUCAUCCUCAUCAACCCUCCCCACCUUCGAAACAACCUUCGCCGUCCCACUAUCCUGCGACUCCUGCAUCUCCGACAUAACCACAGCCCUCCAACAAAAUGUCCCUGGAAUCCAAAACAUUACAGCUUCUUUGAAAGACCAAAUCGUCAGCAUAACAGGCAACGCCGCCCCCUCAGCCAUCGUUUCCGCCAUAGAAGCUACAGGCCGCGAUGCAAUCCUGCGAGGAAGCGGGAAAGCUGAAAGUGCGGCGGUUUGUAUUCUCGAAACUCAUGCUGAGAGUGUGGCGUUACAUGAGCAGGUUCGGGGUCUGGUGAGGAUGGUAGAAGUUGUUCCGAAGGAUACGCAAGGAAAGGAUGCUGAGGGGAGGGAAGCGUUGGUUUUGGCAGAUAUGACAUUAAAAGGCGUAGCUGAGGGAAAAUAUAAUGUCUCUGUACGCGAAACGGGGAAUAUUUCGCAAGGACCGAGGAGUGUGGGGGGUGUAUGGGAUUGGUUUAGAGCGAAAGAGGAGAAUCGGAAAGGGAAAGAUGUGAAGGGCGUGUUUGGGACGAUUGAAGUUGGGAAGAAUGGGAUGGGGAGUAGUUUUGUGGAUCGACCGGUUAGGAUUUGGGAGUUGAUUGGGAGGAGUAUGGUUGUUAGUCGGGCGGAGUUUGGGAAGGAGGAGAAGGAGGAUGAGAAUUGUUUGGUUGGGGUUAUUGCGAGGUCGGCGGGGGUUUGGGAUAAUAAUAAGACGGUUUGUAGUUGUAGUGGGAAGACGGUUUGGGAGGAGAGGAAGGAGCAGAGGGGGAAGGGGAUGUUGUGAAUGGGGUUAGGUAUGGUGGCGAGGAGAGCUUUCUGCCGAUACGAUGGUUGGCUCAGAGCAGUGGCUGUGGAAACGCGCUUGAAGAAGAGUGCUACCGAUCGUCGACGGCAACGCGGCUCCAUGAUCCUCGUGCUCGCGCAUGGACUGUGUCAAGAUAGGUCUGCUUCUCACUGCGAGCUCGUAAGCAGGUCUCGAUUGACAUUCACAUAAGCAGCUUGAUUGCAGAAGUCAUCUAGUAUCAUGCUCUUCUCGACUAAGCUCGACC